CAUAAACGAAGAAGUCAUGAAUUGGUUGUUAAUGUCUAUUCCAUUCCAUUGUACGACACAAACUGGUGUCGUUGAACAUUGCUUCUUUCAGUAAUUCUUAUUCUUAAAUAUUAUUCAUCAUCUUUUUUUCUUUCGAUUCUCUUCACAAAUACACACAUAUUUUACUCCCCGCGUUACUCACUUUUUCAUACACUCGUCAUAUAUGCUUUUUUUACUUCCUUCUAAUUUUUCAUAUUAUUUAUUCUUCAAAUUCACACACGCGAUAUCACUUUUAAUUUAUCUUUCUUGGAGUUAAAUUCUGGUUCUUGAUUAAUAGGUUUUCAUCGUUAAACACCCUUUUUCGUAUUUUCUAUUAUUUUUUUCAUAAGAAAACUUUGAAUAGUGUAUUGUGGAUUAAUGGGUUCCAUUAGAGGGGUGAAGAAGAGGAAGAAGAAUGAUAACAAAGAUGAUUUCAUUGCAACACCAUUGUAUUCUCAACUUCAUCACCCCUUUGAUUGGUGGUAUCACUUUUCCAAGAGAAUCACAGGACCCUUAGCUAGAUCUAAAGAUAUAGAGAAAUUUGAAUCAGUUUUCAAGAUCUCAAGAAAGACAUUCAACUAUAUAUGUUCUCUCGUGGAAAAAGAUAUGCUGGCUAGAUCCUCAAAUUGUGUUGAUUUAAAUGGCAAACGUUUAUCUUUAAAUGACCAAGUAGCCAUUGCUCUUAGAAGGCUUAGCUCUGGCGAGUCAUUGUCAACCAUCGGUGACUCGUUUCGGAUGAACCAGUCAACUGUUUCCCAGAUAACAUGGCGGUUUGUGGAAGUAAUGGAAGAGAGAGGUCUCUGCCAUCUUAGUUGGCCUUCAACUGAAACGGAAAUGGAAAAGAUAAAGUCCAAGUUCGAGAACAUACGAGGCCUUCCUAACUGUUGCGGCACAGUGGACAUCACACACAUAAUGAUGACUUUGCCCACGGUAGACCCCGAGAGUAGUGUAUGGCUUGAUCGUGAGAAGAAUUGCAGCAUGGUUUUGCAAGCCAUUGUGGAUUCGGAUCUGAGAUUCCGUGACAUAGUUACUGGAUGGCCUGGAAGUGUGAGUGAUGACCAUGUGCUUCGAAGCUCGACUUUUUUCAAACUUACUGAAGAAGGGAAGAGGCUAAACUGGGGUAAGAAAAUACUUCCAAACGGAACAAUGUUGAGAGAAUAUAUAGUCGGGGACACAGGAUUCCCGCUUUUGCCAUGGCUUGUUACUCCUUAUGAAGGUGAAGGCCUCUCUAAUGUUCAGGUUGAGUUUAACAAAAGGGUUGCUGCAACCCAAAUGGUGGCCAAGAGAGCAUUGGCUAGGCUGAAGGAGAUGUGGAAGAUAAUUGGAGGAGUCAUGUGGAAGCCUGAUAAGCACAAGUUACCAAGAAUUAUUCUUGUUUGCUGCAUAUUACAUAAUAUAGUUAUUCAUCUGGAGGAUGACGUGCAGGAUGAUAUGCCAUUGUGCUGCCACCAUGAUUCAGGAUAUCAAAAUCAAACUUGCGAGUAUGCCGACAAUACUGCCUACACUGUGAGAGAUAAGCUUUCUCUUUACUUGUCAGGCAAACUGUCAACUUGAUAGAUCAUUUCUUCUUAUUGUUACAAUUAAAUAGGAGUCAUGUUCAAAUGGAUUUUUACUCCUAUCUUCAUGUUGGUCACAACUAACUUUGACACAAAUAAAUAUAUGAUAAAUUAUUUUUGGUUGAGUUCAAUGCAUGUAGCUGAUGCUACUUGGUGGAAAAAAGCUUUGUUUUGUGCUGCUGUUAUUGCUAUAUCUGCAUCUGCUAUGCCUCAUUGUUAGCUCAAGGAGCAAGACAUAAAUUUAGCUUCUCGUUGUAUAAUUUACAUGCUUGCUAGUUA